AUGGCUUCUCGCGAUCUGUCUUGGAUUAGUGUGUCUCUCCUUGUCUCCGUGGCAUCAUUCUCAUGCAUUGCGGCGAGGAGCACACGGGCACCCAAAGUUGCCGACCCGACAGACGGGUUCACGGCACUGAAUCUCGGCCAGGACAACUUUGAGUUGCAGAGACCGUAUGACGAGGCAAGUGGUGCGCGGUACAGCUUUGACGGCACUGUGCGGAAGAUGUGGGUGCUCUCUUCUGACAAGCCACAUGCCCGCCAAAGCCACACAAUGCCAAGAACAGAGAUCAGGAUCACUGGACAUGACUAUAGCUCAGGCAUGUGGCAGUUCGAGGGGUAUGGCUACGUCCCCUCGGGCACAUCAGGUGUCUGCAUCAUGCAGGUAUUUGGAGCCGGUGAGGCGGGGGCGGCCAGCACACUCAUGUUGCAUGUCUAUGACGGCGCACUUCGUUACUACGACCGACAACUCGUUGAGGACAACAUCUACAAUCGGUGGUUUAAACUGAAUGUAGUCCAUGAUGUAGAUGGGUCCGUGCUCACUGUGUACAUCGAUGGCCAGGAGAAGCUGCAUGUGCGUGGCCGCGGAGGCCAUUCACAUUACUUCAAGUUCGGCGUCUAUGCGCAGCACCAUGAUUCUAACCGCAUGGAGUCUCACUGGAAGAACGUGACGAUCUUUAAGAAAAACUAG